GUUCGCUCCGCGAGACGCGGCGCGGCGACGAACUGCGCUCAGUGUCAAGCGGUAACCGCAUCAACGGCGUGCAAAAGUCACGGCAACAAAUCAAAAUCGAAAGAUUCAAAAGCGCGACACUGCAAACGAGAAGAUCUACGAGUUGCAGAGAGUCAAAAAUUCCUCUCCGAAACGAAAUUGAAAUAGUGCGCCGCGAGAGAAAAUGAAAUGUGCGCGUGUAUGAGUUUAUGUGCGGAAAGUUAAUACUUUGUAAAAGAAGAAGCACCACGUUCGUUGUUGACGCUGACACAGCGACGUCGGGUUAACUAAUAUUUUAUUAUCACUACAUAUAAAUCGCUAAUGUUUAAAAAAAAAGUACGGUUAUUUGUUAUCGUUUAGUAAGGUGUUGUUUGAAAAUAUUUAUUAUGGAUUUUCCAUGGAACUGGGAAAUGUAACAAUAUAAAAAGAAAAAUAGCAAAAAGGUGUGUAUCGUUGGAGUCUGGCAUAUAAUUCAUCGAAUAGUCCCACACCCAACGUUUCAUUGUGGCAGCGCAACAACCACAGGGAAAGCUGAAAGCGAUGACCAAGCGAAUACAUGCAACCUUACCAAUAAUUUGUUAAAUAAAAGAUUUAAAAAGAGAGCAAUUGAAGCAAAAGACGGGAGACUACUGUACAUAAAGAAAAAAUUGUGAUUCUUCGUUAUAGCAAUGUCUGCUAGGACAACAAAGACUGCAAACAGGAACAACAAAUAUAGAAAAUACUAACAUUUGAGACAUUAACAACAAAAGGAGAAAGAAAGGAAGACUUAAUUUUUCUAAUAUUUGGAACAAAUUAUACUGAACUGUAAGAUUCACUUCGAAAACAAAAUAAAAGAAAAAUCACAGGAAACGCCACAACAACAUUUUCGUUGCACACACUUGAGCAAGUGGCGAGUAAACAAAGCAAACAUUAAAAACUUCAUAGCAAACUUUUUUGAUUUCGCAUAGAAUAACGAAACAAUAAAGUUUCGAAAACUGUUACAGACAUAUUAAAAUAACACUGACAUAUGUACAUAAAUAAAUUGAUAAGACCAGCAAGCUGAAAUUCAGCCUUCAAGCAUAUCAAUCCAACAAGCGCUGUAUACUGUACAUAAUUUGACUUGAGCAAAAGGAAUCAUUAAAGUGACCUAGUCUAGCCUCUACGUGUUGAAACAAUAAUCAUAGAUAAACAGAAAAGUACACUUACACCAGAAAAAAGAAGAAACGAAAAACCUAUUCACUAGUUUGACUGGGCAAAUGUAUAUCACUAACAGCAGCAACAUUGGUAUGGCCACGUUGCUGCAACAGAACAAGGCUACUUGUAUGAAGACCCUUAUCAAUGGCGGCGGCAACGGCAGCAGCAAUGGCAAUAACGGAAACAGCGUCGGCAACUCUGGAAUAGUUGUUGGUAGUAUUGUAAGUGGUGUUGGUGCGGGAACAUCGCAAGUGGGAGGCGCAACGGUUGCAACCGUUGUCGGAGCCGGUGGGGCUGCAAAUAUUGCCGGUCUUGGCAGUGGUGGUGUGGGUGGUAAUUUAGUCCUGUCCACUGGGCAGGCUAUUGUUCUGACAAAUGGAGCAACCGGUGCUAGUAGUAUAAUCAACUAUCAACAAUAUCAACAGUUAUUGCAGCAACAACAACACCAGCAACAGCAGCAACAACAUAUAAACUCCACCGUUGCUACCACAACUGCCGCAUCCGGUACACGAGUAUUAAUGCCUCACGAAAUGGUGACGCUUCCUAUUAGUAGUAUUGUAACAACUAGUGGUGGCGGCUUAGCCCUGAUAACCAGUGCAAAUACGGGUGGAGGAAGUGCCACGGCCACACAAGGGCACUUCUUGGUUGCGGCAACAGCAAGUCCUACGGUGCAACCCAUUCAAACAACUACGAUGGGCUCCACUAACGCCAAUAUCAGCAGUUUUCAGCAGCAAUUUCAACAGCAAAUCGCCGCACAGCAUUCAGCAGCAAGUAAUGUGACAUCCUCUGCUUCAACUAACCGUACAACUACUGUUUACACUCAGCAACCAUCAACUACAGGCGUAGUACAAACAGUGCCUACGACACGUUACUUUUCGCAAUUUAGCAAUCAACAACAACCCAUAUCUAGUAUUACGGCUGGAGCUGCAACGCCAACAAUUGUGGCCGCCAAAGCUACGGGCAAUCGUACCAUAAUUAUUAAUCGCUCCAAUAAUACUAUAAUUGCUGGUAACACCACACAACGUUUGCAACAUGCUAAAAUCUUAAAUAAACCACCGACAAAUAUUGCAGCGACGCCAUCAACUCUCAUCACGAAUGCUGUGCUCGCCAAUAAGUCACAAAUUAAUCAUAAUUCUCUUUCUCCUGCCAUUCAAGCUGUGAAGUUGCAACAACAACCGCAACGACAAAAUAUUACGGCCUUACAACAAAUUAAACAACAACAAUUGCUGCAACAACAAAAAAUACAACUAGUGAAGCCAAUCGUACACAGUAGCAGUACGGUGACAACAAUUGCUACAAAGACAACAACAGUAGCCAAUACGGCUGCAUCCUCGCGCAACACAUCGAGUGGGACAAUGGUGAAUGGUGGCAUAAAUUUAGUUCCUAACAGUAGCAACAAUAGUAAUAAGAGUGGAAAUGUGGCGAGUGCCACAACGCCAGCAUUGGCUGCCAAAGCGUUACCCACGGCGGCUGUAUUUCCACAGCAACAACAACUUCAGCAGCAGCAGCAGCAACAACAGUUGCAGUUACAAAAUCAUCAACAACAACAGCAGCAGCAGCAGCAACUUAAGCAUCAAAACCAAAGUCAACAACUUCAAUCUCAGCAACUUGGACAAGCGCAAGAGCUUAAACAAAUAGUUGCACACUCACGCACCAUACCCGCCACACCUCACAACUCCACACCUGUUGCAACUAACAAAAGUGUCAAUUCAGUUGCUGCAGCCACUCCAGAAGGCACUGCUGGAGCAGAAGCCGCAAAUGCUGAACCCGAGGUAGAGCCAGAGAUCGACAUCGUUAUAAAUAAUGUUGUCUGUUCAUUCAGUGUACGUUGCCAUCUAAAUUUGCGCGAUAUCGCACUCAAGGGCUUCAAUGUGGAGUAUCGUCGUGAAAACGGCAUGGUGACUAUGAAACUGCGCCGACCUUAUACGACUGCGUCAAUCUGGUCAUCUGGGCGAAUUACCUGCACGGGUGCCACAUCCGAGGAACAGGCAAAAAUUGCGGCACGUCGUUAUUCACGCUGUCUUGAAAAGCUCGGAUUCCGUGUGCGUUUUCAAAAUUUCCGCGUGGUAAAUGUGCUCGGCACAUGCAGCAUGCCAUGGGCUAUAAAGAUUUUAAAUUUCUCUGAAAGAUACAAGAAAGAAGCCAGUUACGAGCCUGAGUUGCAUCCCGGUGUCACGUAUAAGCUGCGUUAUCCCAAAGCCACUUUGAAAAUAUUCUCCACCGGCAGUAUAACUGUGACUGCUGCCAGUGUUGCUAAUGUACAGGCUGCCAUAGAACAUAUAUUCCCGCUGGUCUAUGAGUUUCGUAAGAAACGUUCACCCGAAGAGCUGGAACAGUUACGCAUUAAGCAGGCCCGGGCCGCAUCAGUAGAUGUAACGGAACUCGAGGAGGUGCUAAACAAUGACGUGGUCGUUGAAACGGACACAACCGCUGUGCCCACAUUGCAACGCCGACGUGUAAGCAAUAGCGCGCUCAAUAAUUUUAAACAAAAACGCCGAAGAAUCGGCAGUGAUAUUGACUUUGAUGGUGACGAUGGUUCGCUGGUAGCAGCUGAAGAAAUCGACGAUCCCACAGCAAAGGAAACCGAUGAUAAUAUUGUGAUGUACGAUCCGGAUGAUUUAAUUGAAGGACCCGACGAUGAAGAUGAUCUUUAAAUAUCAAAUGUGAUUUGUGCAUUUUGGUACGGGGAGAUUUUGAGCACAGCACAUUCAUGCAUGUUUGAUUACGUAUUAUGGUUUCACAACAAAUUUCUAUACAAAUACAGAUAUAUAUAUAAAACAAAAAGAACAAAAAAGGAGUUUAUUACAAAUUGCCAAUAUGUAAUGCAGAGCGAAUUUUAAGCAUUAAACAAAACAGCAAUGUUAUAUAGAACAUAUGUAUAUAGUAUAUAAAAAAGGAAUGACAGGAAAGCAAUUUAAUUGAUUUAAUGAUGACAACACACACAAACUACAAAAAGAAAUACAAAAGUAAAUAUUUCAACACAUCGGAAACCAAAACAAAUCAACUUAGUUCUAAUCAAACAAAUGAAGUUUGGCGUUAGACAAAAAAUAAAAGCAUAAUUUCUUUAUUUUUUGUGCACGCAAAACUAUUUACAUAUACACGUACAUGUAUGUAUGUGUGCGUAUAUUUUAAGAAGCGUGUAUAAUCAAUGCCAACACCAUCAUGUAUACAUGGAUAUUUGUAAAUUUGUGCACUCCAAAUGUCGGUGCUGAGGUUUCGAGUUCAAUACGCUAAUGUCAGCAAUUAUGCAAUGCAAAUGUUGGGAGAAGUGUGCGAACUGCGAUAAACUAUGGGAAUUGUGAGCCAAAUAACUACAACUAUUUAUAAGGUAUUUUUAACUUCCAGUGUGCUUUGCUUAGUUAUGUACGUCGUCGUUGUUUGCAGCAUUGAUAACUUGCAACAGUUGAAGGCAGAAGGCAGAGAACGGAGCAACAUUUAAAUUAAAUGCUUGGCUCGAGCGAAUUCCGCGAACAGAACUAAACCACACGAAAAACCAAUAUUUGUUAAUUUACAAACAUAUUUGUAGCGUUUUACUAUGUAUGCAUACUAAUUUCAUUCGUACUCGUA